AUGACACCGCGCUUCAACUUCCUGCUCGUCUUGAUCGUCUAUGGCCUCGUCAGCAGAGUCAGAACGGGGUUCAUCAACUCGGAACUGGCAGAAGAGCUAGCAGCAACUUCUCGACCUGUUCCGAUCCACGAUCAAGGUUUUGCCAGCGGGAGCAGACUCAAGUCGGCCUUUCUGAAUCUUCGAGCCAAGUUCCUGCGGACCAAAACAUCCCAAAGGUGGAUACACACCUUUGCCACCGAGUCCGAUCCGACGGGUCAAACGGGUGGAUUCUCGCUCCCGAACGAAGACGCAGUCGUUCGUUAUAGUUCCAACAGCCCCAUGGUUCGAUCCACCGAAGAGAAAAUGGGAAUGUACACGAAUCCGGGCUUGUGGAAGAAGUGGAGGAGGAUGAAGCUUGCUGAGAAGGAGGCGAGAGCAAGAGCAAGGAUCCCAGCAUCUUCGAAAUCGGUCGAAGGAAGCGCAAAGGCUAUGAGGUGGUGGAAAGACGUCGACGGCGCUGCUCGAGACAGAGGCAUUACGAAGCCUGAGAUCGAAGAGAUCCGCGAUACAGCAGAUUGGGCGGUCAGAAUGGAUGAACCGAGCAUGCGCACAUUCCGAUUCGCAACUCGCAACGGUCAACGCAGACUUCCGUAA